AAACUUCAAUACAUGCUUUGGAUCAGAGACAUGAUGUUGCUGGAAUUUAAAGGAAAAAUAAUUGCUGAAUGACAGAAUGGACUUUGGAAACAUAGUGAUAGUAAUAACACUCUCACUUCAGAGUGCUCUAGGUCUUCUGGGAAACUUUUCCCUUCUUUUCUACUAUUUAAUUCUUUACUACAAUAAACGCACAUUAAAGAUCAAAGAUAUUAUUCUGAUACAUGUGUUCACAUCCAACUCACUGAUCAUUCUCUCCAAUGGACUCCCUCAUAUAAUGAGAGCUAUUGGGUUGAAUCAGUUCUUCAGUGAUGUUGGGUGCAAGUUUAUUUUAUAUGUUUAUAGACUUGGUAGGAAUAUGUCCAUCACCAUCACCUGUCUCUUGAGUGUCUUUCAGGCAAUCACCAUCAGCCCCAGGAACUUGUGCUGUAAUGAAUUUAAAAUCAAAACUACAAAGUUCACUGACCUGUCCAUUUCACUCUUCUGGAUCUUAUACAUGCUAUUAAAUAUUACUUUCCCUGUGUAUAUAUCUACUAAGAGGAAUAGCAAAAAUAAGACACAAAAGAGAGAUUUUCAAAUCUGCUACUCUUCGGGCCCUGAAAAUAUAGUAGACUCAUUGUUCACAGCAUUUUGUGUACUUCCUGAAGUCCUAUUUUCUUUUCUCAUUGUAUGUUCCAGCACUUUCAUGAUUAUGAUGCUUUAUAGACACAAGAAGAGAGUUCAACACAUCCUCAGCACGCAUACUUCCUGCAAAACUUCCCCUGAAAACAGAGCCACAAAGACCAUCGUGGUUCUGGUUUGCACCUUUCUCUCUUUUUAUACAUUCUCUUCCAUCUUACAAGGCUACAUUGCUCUUUCACAUAAUCCAAGUUGGUGGAUAAUGAAUAUCACACCCAUCAUUUCUCUGUGUUUUCCUACAUUAGGCCCAUUUGUGAUGUAUUGUGAUUUCACUGUUUCUAGAUUCUGCUUUACCUGGAUAAGAAAUCUAAAAAUACUAUAA